AUGUCAGCGGUUACUGUUGUUAUUUGGACUGUUUUAAUCCAAGAGAACCUUUGGGCGGAUGCCAUCAUGGUAGUCUUUCCAAGUUCACUGACCGAGGAAGAGGAGGCUUUGCAGAAGAAGUAUGCUAAACUGAAGAAAAAGAAAAAGGCUCUGCUUGCCUUGAAAAAGCAGAGUUCAACCAGCCAGACAAACCAGAGUGGCUUGAAACGAACGUUGUCGGACCAGCCUGUUGUUGAUACUGCCACUGCGACAGAACAAGCAAAGAUGCUGAUCAAAUCUGGAGCCAUCAGUGCUAUUAAAUCUGAAAACAAGAACUCUGGUUUCAAACGUUCACGGAUGCUGGAAAUCAAGCUCAAGGACCCAGAAAAAGGGCCAGUUCCUGCUUUCUUACCAUUCCAAAGAAGUGUCUCUACGGAUGAUGACCAACCUGAGUCUGGAAAGAGAGCCCAACGGAAAUCUCUGUACGAAAGCUUUGUCAGCUCAAGCGACCGGUACAGGGAUGAGGACGAUGGAGGAGGCAUGUCAUCCAGCCGCGAGAUGGACAGAGACCGAGACCGAGACAGAGACCGAGAUCUGGAUAGAGAGAGAGACAGAGACCGAGAGAGAGACAGAGAAAGAGACAGAGACCGGGACAGGGACAGAGGAAGGGACCGGGAACGGGACCGGGACCGGGACAGGGACAGAGAAAGGGAGCGAGACAGAGACAGAGAGCGAGACAGAAGCCGAGAGCGGGAUAGAGAGCGGGACCGGGAAAGAGACAGAGACAGAGACGGACCUUUCAGAAGGUCGGACUCGUACCCCGAGCGGAGGGGGAUGCGAAAAGGCAACACGGUGUACGUUUACGGCUCCGGGCUGGUCGAGGACAACCUUCGCUCUGCCUUCUCUCAACAUGGAACCAUCAUAGACCUCUCAAUGGACAACCCACGCAACUGUGCUUUUAUCACAUUUGAGAAGAUGGAGUCUGCAGACCAAGCUGUGGCUGAGUUGAAUGGAAGCAUGGUGGGAGACGUCCACAUCAAAGUCAGCAUCGCCAGGAAGCAACCCAUGCUGGACGCCGCCACUGGGAAAUCAGUGUGGGCUUCUCUGGCUGUGCAGAACAGCACCAAAGGCUCCUACAGGGACAAGAGAAACCAGGUGGUGUACAGCGAAGACUUCCUGUGAUGAAGCGUGUCCUGUUUCUGCUUUCAUUAGCCGGCUGCUUUGGACGCCUGCGUUUCAACAUAGAUACCAACAUUUUUUGCUAUCUUUUUUUUUUUUUUU